AUGGUUUUUCGGUGUGGUAUUGAAUGCAGUACAAGAUCAACACUCAAAGUGAUAAUUCUUACAACUUUGUUCCUUGCUCUGCGUUGCGAAAAUAACGCUGCUACGGAGCCAGACGAUGUUCUAGGCGAGAUAGAUUUGCUUAACCUGACACAAUAUGAGGAUGUAAUGACCAAAGAAGAUAUGGAAGAUGCUGAAACAGCGCUUUGCAUUUACAUCGCAGAAGAGGCUGAAGAGAUUGUUGGGGAAUUCAAGGAGCUCGGACCAGCCGCAUCAGUUCUCCUCGAAAAAAUACUAAACGAGACUGCCACCCGGUUUGCACGUGCAACCUCCACAUCGAAGCUUCAAGCCGGGCUUCUUUUUCUUCGGGUGUCUCAGGGUCUAUUCGGAGGUUCUGAUAGCGAGUGUUAUGACACAGUCGGAUGCUUUACAAGAGGCGAUGAUCUGACUCUUCCCAGCGGCUUCCCAAGCUCCCCCGAGAGUGUCGGAACAAAAUUCAACCUUGAUUCUAUGCAACACAAACAAGAAGCAGUUGAAAUUUCUGUAUCUUCGUCUAAAGAAACCUUAAACAGGUACUUCAGUACCAAGAAGGACCUGGUGUUUAUAGUUCACGGUUUCGGACAAGGGGAACACAGCGCGAUGCCCAUUGAUAUCAAGAGCGCAGUUUUUGGAAAGAUAAAUUGCAACAUCGUCAUUGUACUGUGGACCAAAGGUGCAAAGAAACCGUUGUACAAUAUCGCUGCAGCAAACACGGCCCUUGUUGGAAGGCAGAUUGCAUUGCUUCUUGAGAAGCUAACUGGAGAAUUUCCAGAGACUGUUUUAAGUUCAGAAGUUCACUUGAUUGGCUUCAGUCUUGGUGCUCAUGUCGCCGGUUUUUCUGGGAGGACUUUUACGUUAAACACAAAUCAAACUAUAGGAAGAAUAACUGGUAAGUAUAUUUUAUGUUGA